GCAUGAUGGGUAAUGCUUCUCUGACUAGGCAUUAGGUUAGACAGCCUUUCUCGAGGUCCUUGGAGCGGGGAGAGUGUGCCGCCGUGGAUUGUGGGCCUUUCUCUUCUCCUCGGGAUCGGCGUUGGGCGGCAUGGGUAAGUGUCGUGGACUUCGUACUGCCAGGAAACUGCGCAGUCACCGCCGGGAUCAGAAGUGGCAUGACAAGCAGUAUAAAAAGGCCCACCUGGGCACUGCUCUGAAGGCCAACCCCUUUGGGGGAGCUUCCCAUGCCAAAGGAAUUGUCCUAGAAAAAGUUGGUGUAGAGGCUAAGCAGCCAAAUUCUGCCAUCAGGAAGUGUGUCAGAGUCCAGCUCAUCAAGAACGGCAAGAAAAUAACAGCCUUUGUUCCUAAUGAUGGUUGUUUGAACUUCAUUGAGGAGAACGACGAGGUUCUGGUCGCUGGCUUUGGUCGAAAGGGUCAUGCUGUUGGUGACAUUCCUGGAGUUCGUUUCAAGGUCGUCAAAGUAGCGAAUGUUUCUCUGCUAGCCUUGUACAAAGGCAAGAAGGAGAGACCAAGAUCAUAAAACUAUUUGAACCUUUAAGAUGGUCAAUAAAGUUUUCUCAUAAAUUC